AUGGAGAUUAUCACUUGGGUGUACACCCAUCAACCUUCAUAUCACGCGUUUCGUAAGAGCAUCUUCUUCCCUCUUCUUCCCUAUGUCGUCGUUUCAUUUGCUUUCACUGUGCCAUUGGAGCUUCUUCUUUGUUGUGUCAUUCAAGCUUCUUCUCCUUCACUGGUUGUCGACAUUGAGGACCUGCAGUUUCGUUGGGCUGUUCCACCGUCGAGAGGGUUAGGUCGUACCUUAGGCAGGGUUAUAGGUAGAGCCCUAGGGAGAGAGGAUCAUCAUUAUUCAGAUGAUGUUCCCCAGCGGCGAAGGCCUACAACAUUCGUACAUAAGCAACGAGAAGUUGCCCCUAUUGUUGAGGAUGAUCCUGUCGUGACUGAAGACGAACGUCCUGAAUUGAAGCUAUCCGCCCAUAGAAGGAAGGUUCAAAAAUUUGGGAGGCCUACUCCUGAAAUUGAAGGGCUAGUCGCUGCCACAGGAUUAAGUCCUUUGAUCGCAUGUUCAGUAGACAAUGGCGAUCGGGGACUUAUAUUCACUUUUUUGGAGUGGUGGCAUAAGGAAACUAGCAGUUUCCAUCUUCCCGUUGGAGAGCUGACCAUCACCCUGGAUGAUGUGACCUCUCUGUUUCAUCUUCCUAUUAUAGGCGCAUUCUAUAGCUUUGAGACUCUGCAUGUCGACGAAGCGGUCUUGAUGUUGGUGGAGUUACUUGAAGUCUUUGGGAGGAAGCUAGAGAUGAGACAACACAAUGUCAUGGGGCAUACGUACGCCUAUCGUGGCUAUGAGAUAUUUAUCAAAGUAAAUGUGAGGUCGAACAUUGGACUGUUGCAGCUCGUGCCUAUCUGCUGCAGUGGACGCUAUGCAUGGGGAGCUGUCGCCCUAGUUCAUAUGUAUGAUUAUUUGAAUGAUGCUUGUAAGAGCGACGGCCGACAGCUUGCUAGUUACAUCACCCUAUUACAGUCUUUGAGUGAUCCAGACUAUGAUGAGAUGUCACCACGUGCCUGUCAAUGGAUUGCUACUAAGGCUUCUUCGAAGUCAUUACCAGCAUCGACGUACCGAAAACGUCUAGAUGGACUGACAAUUGCUGAUGUCAUAUACGAUGGGGUCCCGUUGUUGUCAGACACCGACCAGAAAGGGUGGUGCAGUAAUUUGGAUAUGUUCAGACCAUUCCUCCAGAGACUACAACCUGCUGAUUCGGCCAGACAUCCACCUGUGACGCAGGAUGACUCAUAUGCAGAGCCAUAUAUCCCCGAGGUCCCAGUGGCACCAGCAGUAGCAUCGGCACAUGCCCCUUCUGAUGUGGAGCAGCCUAGACAUCCAGUGGAGGCUUGCCAAGCAAUCGUAGAAAGUUUGGAGCUUUUGCUCAACCUAAGGAUAGUCACUGCAGGCACAGAAAUACACGAGGUUAUGGAAGACUGCUUAAGGAUCGCUAAGGGUGUCACAGUAGAUGGAAAUGUUAUGUCAGUCUAUGUUUAUGCCUCUAAAUAUUAG